AUAAAGAGUUCCCUCCUCCAGCCUCUGCUUACAGUGCUGUUCAGAGCCAGUGGAGACUGUGGGUGAGCCCCUGCUCCACAUCUUUGAUUGUAAACUGAACACCGAGCCGGGGGUUUGACGUCAGCGCGGUGCACGUUAGUUCUCGUCCCUGCUGGUCGGGGUACGAGUAGGGAGCUGGUCUCACCUAACAGAUGUGUCUGGGACACUCCAGUCUAUUUAUUCUAUCAGUUACAUAUAGAUACAGAUGAGCAUGAUGGAAGUGUUGGAAGGAUACAGGGUGGACAGAGUGCAGGAGAUGAGGCCAGCUGCCCUGGCUGAGGGAUAUGUGAAGGAGUUCACGCGCCACUCCCAUGACGUGCUGCUGAACCUGAACGAACUCCGGCACCGCAACAUCCUGACUGACACCACCCUGGUUGUUGGCAACGUACAGCUACGGGCGCACUGUGCUGUGCUUGUGGCCUGCAGUGGUUUCUUCUACACGCUGUACUCCCGCCGCGUGUUGCUUCAAGGGCGUGGUGGCAGCGGGGAGCAGCUCAUGACGGUGUCCCUCCCCAACACCUUGGACCCAUCCAGCAUCUCCCUGCUGCUGGACUUCAUGUACACCUCCCACCUCCCUCUGACAACCAGCACCGUCCCCGGGGUGCUCGCUGUUGCAACCUACCUGCAGAUGGACCACGUGGCCGAUACCUGCCGGGAUUUCAUGCAGCUGCACUGCAGGGAGAAUAUGAGUGCAAGGCACCCUCAACUGGAGCUGGACUCCAGGGUGUCUGUGGCCUCUGUAGCCCCCAAAGGAGGGGACCUGCCCAGUUCAGGACCCCAGAGAGCUCUCCCAACUGCAGUGGCAACAAGGGUCCCUGGGGAGGUCGGGGACUCUCUCAAGCCAGGGGCUUUCCCGACCUGCCAGCCCGGGUCAAAGGAGCUGAAAGGACAGCCCGAGUCGCCCCUCAUGGGCAGUCCGACUCCAUCUCCAGACAGCCCCGCCCGCUCCAGCUGCCAACCGAACUCUCCGGCCGAAUCCAACACCUGCAACAAAAACCUUGUGAGUGAUAUCAAAGCCACGCCAAACCCAAAGGCUUGCAAUUGGAAAAAAUACAAGUACAUCGUCCUGAACCCUCUCUGUGCAGCCACCACAGUGAAGGAAGAGGAGAUGGAGGAACCACAAAGUCACACAUCACCUGUUGUUGACAGGAUGGGCUCGACACCCAAAGCAACAGAGGCGUGGUCUGGAGAAGUGCCUGGUCAGAUUGAUAGACAGGGGCAGGCCUCCUGCUACGAGGGUUCUGGCCGAGCCCCUCCCCUCGGGCCACCCCCCUCUGUGGACCACCCAACAGUGACUCACACUCACAAGCAAGGAAAAGUCUCACCUUGCACCGUUUUCCCGAACCUGCACCCGACCGAUCCAGAGGCCGCCCAGCAUGCAAUCAAGCGUGAGAACUACUAUGUGCCCUACUGUUAUUCUGGCAACAUUCAAGGAGCCAAGACUGUCUGCUCAGGUGACAAGCCGUAUCGCUGUAACGUGUGCGGCGCCCAGUUCAACCGACCGGCCAACCUGAAGACUCACUCUCGCAUCCACUCAGGAGAGAAACCUUACCGCUGUGACACCUGCGGAGCACGAUUUGUUCAGGUUGCCCACCUGAGGGCCCACGUUCUGAUCCAUACGGGGGAGAAACCUUACCCCUGCCACACCUGCGGCACCCGCUUCCGCCACCUGCAGACCCUGAAGAGCCAUCUGCGCAUUCACACUGGAGAGAAGCCGUACACUUGUGAGAAGUGCGACCUGCACUUCCGCCACAAGAGUCAGCUGCGUCUUCACCUGCGUCAGAAACACGGGGCCGUCACCAACACCAAGAUCCGCUACAAGGUCCUGACUGAGCCCUACCAGCCCAUUCUGCAGGCCUGCUGAAGACAUCUGACCUUUGACCUCUUAAAUCACACCCAGCACAUUGGUCAGAAUAAUAUGAAAAAUUUGAAAUUUGGUGAAUGAAUUUAACAUCAGCAGUUUUUAAAAUUCUUAGCACCUGUUUGUUUAAUAAAAGGUGAUAAUUCAUAACUUAAAAAACUGGUAAGAAGUCCUAAUGGACAUGACAUGAAAAGUUGAGACGGAUUUGGAGAACGAGACAUUUUAGCAUCAACAUGUUGUUGGAGGAGGUUUGGAGCUUGGAGAUAAUUGUUUGUAUGAAUCUAUAUAAUUCAUUAGGGUGGCUUUGAGAUGGAGAUGGUGUGAAGGAAAAGUUUUUGUUGUUUUUGAAGGUUUGUGAAGUGAUGGAAAGAAGAGAACGAGACAUGGGAAAAAAAAGUGAAAUAUUUCAGGUUGUGUGUACACUGAAUUUUGCAGAGUAUGUGAACAGUUUAAACGAAAGAUAAAGCAAGUUUUAUGAAGGAGAUGUGGUGGAUUUGUAAAGUUUUGGAGUAAAUGAAAUCCUUACAUUUAUUUUAAGCCUGGAAGUUUUCUUCUUAAAUGUGUAUUUAUCUUAACUUUGAGGCCUGGGGCCUGCAUGUUCUUUAAAAAGUAUGCAGUGAUAUCUGCUUUAUAGUCCGAGCAGGCAAAGGACUUAGUCACAUGUACUGAGUGUAAAGUAUAGAAAUGAAAAGAUAUAUUGUUUCUGACAAUUUAAAUAAGAUGCCUGUAAGCAAUUGGAUGAGUAAUAAUGAUAUUACAGUUGUAUGAGUUUAUUUGCUGGACAAAGAUGGUUUUGUAAGAUCUAAAUUAAAUCAUUUUUAUAUGAAUUGGA